UCAGGGAGUUGUAGUUUUCGCGUUUCCUGGCUUGGAAUCCCGUGCUGGUUGGCAGUGAGCAUCGCUGGGAGCGCAGCAGGAGGUCAGCGCGGAUUGCAGACCCUCUCCCUGUCACUACAGCCUGCCGGAGCCACCGUGAGUAAUUUGAACAUUUGAGCAAUCAAUCUGAAAACAUGAGGAUAACAGGUGCAAUUAAAUUUGUUGUGGCGCUUGCAGUAUUUUUGGUGGCGUUUUAUGUCAUAUCACAAGUUUUUGAAGUAAAGAUGGAUUCAAGUCUCGGCAACAUUUUUGCCCGGUCAGCACUGGACACUGCAGUCCAUCCUGUUACUAAAGCUCCAAAGUACAAAUGCGGGAUUUCAAAGAUAUGUCCAGAUAAGCACUUCGCCUUUAAGAUGGCAAGUGGAGCCGCUAACGUGGUUGGACCAAAGAUCUGUGUGAACGACAAUGUUUUAAUGAGUGGAGUGAAGAACAAUGUGGGACGUGGGAUUAACACUGCUUUAGUAAAUGGAAAAACAGGUGCACUAAUUGAUACAAAAUUUUAUGAUCUAUGGGGAGGAGAUGUUUCCCCUUUUAUUGAGUACAUUAAAAAAAUUGACGAUGGAACAAUCGUUUUAAUGGCAACUUACGAUGAUGGAGCAACAAAGCUCAAUGAUGAAGCAAGAAAGCUUAUUGCUGAACUUGGGAGUUCGUCGAUUAAUUCCUUGGCUUUCAGAGACAACUGGGUCUUUGUUGGUGGAAAGGGCAUAAAAACUAAAAGUCCAUUUGAGCAGCACAUAAAGAACAACAAAGAUACAAACAAGUACGAAGGCUGGCCAGAGGUUGUAGAGAUGGAAGGAUGCAUCCCACAGAAACAGUCUGAUUGAACGCAUUACGGAGCAAUAUUGGACUUGAUGUUGGGUGGAUGGAGUAGAUCUGGGUGGGGAAAAUAUAUAUUCAGUUGUAAAUAUACUGAACAAAUUCAUCCAUCAUUGUCGAUGUGAGCAUAAGUUCGAGAUUUAUUUAUUGCUAACACAAACACGUAUUUUUGUAAAAGAAAUUUUGAAGAAAAGAAAUAGGUCCUGUUCUGGAAUAGUUUUUUUUUUUAAUUUUCCUCUCGCUCUCUUCCUAUUACUGACAUUCCUAUGACCAUCUGAGCUGCCUGAUUUCAAUGCAAAUCCAUUGCGUUAUUAUGAUGGCAAUACAUGGGUAUUUUCAUUUUAAACUCUGUACAUUGCAAAACAAACACAAAUGUUAUUUCACCAAAGAUUGCAUAUUUUUUUUUGUUCUUAAGGAUUCUUGUCAAGCUGCAAUAGAAUGGUGUGUUUUUUUUUGUUUUUUGUUUUUUGUUUUUUGCAUUAUUAACUUUUAUUAAUAAUUAUUUGGAGAGCUAUAAUAGCUUGACGUGCAAAACUUGGAAUAAUGUUGUUACAGAUUAAGGAAAUAGAUUAUAUUUUAAUAUAGCUGUGUGUUAUGUGUGUGUUUUUGUUUUCCGUUGCUGUUUUUUUUCUAAAUCUAAUAAAUCUAUAUAUUUUUUUUUCUUUUUACCCAAAAACCAAUUAAAUUACUAGACCAAUAGUUGAGGAUGUUACUGCUUGUUACAAAUAAGCACAAUUUAAAAGCAUGGAGAUACAUACAGCCUAACAUGCUCAAUGAUUUGAUAUUGCCAUAAAUCUUUUGACGUUUAAUUCAAUACACCCUAUGUUGCACUUGACUCUCAUCAAAAGCAUCUUAAUAUGGCAGUGUUAAUGAAUAGCUACAUAAUAUUUACUUUUUGUUAUUUUCAUCUCUGUAGUAUAUAAGCAGCAAAAAGAGUUAACCCCUUAUGAGCAGAGGCACCUGUACAAGUUGUAACCAAAAACAAAUCCUUGAAUUUGACUGUUAGUUCAACCAUAAUUUUUCUUUUUCAUAUUAUUCAUCAUUUGAUUCAGGAGAAAUUGGCUUUCAUUUCGCAUCCAAUAUUUUAUAUAUGGAACACAAUUUAAUAUGAAUAAAAUCUAAAAAGGUGUGCGAAAUUAAGAAAUAUUGUUAUAGUCCAAGUUCUGCAUGACCUUUUAACUGUGAAUGUCAUCAUAUUAUUGGCUUUUACUAACACGCAUAUUUGUGUCUAGCAAUGUCUCACAAUUACAGCAGUACCUGCAUUGUACAUAUAUAGUGCCAUUUGUUUGCGCUAUAUAAAUAAUAAUAAUGUACAGGUUUUUUUUUUGUUUUGUUUUUAAAGUUACAUUGUCACAUUCAGGGCUUGCAAAUUAAAAUCUUGCUAUUAAUGUCUGGGUUGUCAAGCAAGUCCCUCAAUAUAUAAAAAGCCCAUGCAUUCCCCCUGCAGGCAAUUUUGUAAUCCGGCUGAGUCAUGUGAUCACACUGUCCUCGCCAUCACAUGAUGCUGUUCAAGGGCUCUGGCUACAAGGGGACAUCCUUGAUUGGUAGGUAGACCCCCCAAUCGUGAUUGCUGCAGAGGGUGAGUAUUUGGGCUGUCAGGUGGGCCCGAUUGUUUUGGUGUGCUUUGCUGCCCUAACAGCGUUAAAGGGUCACUCCACUGCCCACAUACAGAUUUUUAAAAAAGCAUGUUUAGUAGAUAUACUCUUAAUGAAAACUUAAUUAUGCAUUUU